AUGGAUCAAAAACUCAAGCACUUUCUUGACAACUCGAACUUCCGAAGAGACAGGAGAAACAAGAAAAAGAAAGUUGAGACGUCUGGGGGAAAGAGAGAAGCAGGACAGGAGGAGAUCUUGAUGAUUAAGAACGGGCAGAUUGUUGUCAAUGAUGCAAACAUGUAUGUGGACACACAUCGGGAUGUGGAGAUGGAGGUGAUGGAAGACGACCGGAUUGUGACAUCCUCGACCUUUAGCAAGAAGAAAGGAGCACUAAGGUGGAGCAAAAAAGAGAUAGAGCUGUUUUAUAAGGCGUUAGAAAUCUGUGGGAUUGAAUUUUCAUUAAUAAGCUCCCUUUUUCCGAACAAGGAGAGAAAGCACAUCAAAGCGAAGUACAUAAAGGAAGCGAAGGUCAACCCCGAGAGGAUCAACGAGGUACUGAACGAGUAUAAAACAUUUGAUCAGGUGGCAUACAACAAGCUCCGAAGCUAUCUUCUUGAGUGA